AUGAAUAUUUUAAGUGCUCUGAAGGUAAAGAAGAUGAACCUGCAGAAUACCUGCACCUCCUACUACGACUUCCUGACCUGUGGGCACAACUGCCUGGACUCCUUGAGGUGCUGCAGCCUGCACCACGAUCCUCCUGCCCAGCAGGAAUUCGGGAGAGCGCCAGGAUUGGCCAGACGUGGCGUUAAGUACUUUGAUGUGGACGACAAGGCGGCGGAAUGGUAUCUGGAUACCCGACGAUCCACAGCCACUGGAGGAGCCGCAAGAAAGCCAUGCAAACGGAAGUUUUGCUUCAGGUUUCGGGUGCCCAUAAGGCAUGCUCUUCGCCGGAGGAACAGAGCGGCAACCUACUCUCUUCCAGGACGACGGGUGUCCCCGGAGUUCCUGUGCCUCCUCAAGCAGCAUCAUGCCAGAAUGCGGGGCUUAGAGCAGCUGCCUCGUAAGUAUCUCUGCCGCAGGCCAAGUUUCUCCUACUACAAGUACGAUGCGGCGGCCAAGAGACGUCACAUGCGUCCGGGCAUCGAUACUGCGGCUCCUGUGGAAUUCACCUGCACCAAUUUGGCCUGUACCCGUCACCAUCGUCCCUGCCCCUGUCCUCCGAAAAAGGAGGUCCUCCCGCCGGCAUCUUUAAGUGAGGAGGAGCCUCCGAAAGAAAAAACCAAUACCAACAAGAAGCGCUCUUUCCUAUUUGCCAAAAAUAAGAAAAACAAUCAAGUAGUUCGAACGGAGAGAGAAGUCGAUGGGGUUAUGAAAAACCAGCUGGAAGGAACCAGACUUCAUAGAAUUUAUGUCAGCAAUCCAUCCUUAGUUCCGCAGAUGCGGAACCAAGCUUCUAGACCCCUGGAAAAACUAAAAAAUUGUCCCUGCCCAAUUGAUCAGCCGAAAUGGUUGCCGAAAACCUGCAAUCGUUCUAUAUGUCCUGGUAAGACUGCAAGAUUUCGAAGAACCCGAGAUCCUCGCUGCAUCGAGUACGAGAAUAGUCCUUUCUUCAAGGCCAUUCAAGGAGCUAAUUAUGUGAGCUGUGCAAAAAAAGGUUGUAAAAAGCAGAAGAACUGCCAUCAAGAUCAUUGUAAGAUACAACCUCCUCCAGAAAACAGUUUCUAUGCUUCCAUCUCCAGUCAUCUUGUGGAACGACCUUAUCAAACCGAAUUAUAUGAUCAAAACGAUAUAGAAAUGCCAGCGAAUUGCAAGGAAGGUUGCAUCGGUUACAAGAGUUUUGUACGGCGCUCCGAAAAACAGAAGAUAAUUGAUCGAUGCGGUGGUCCGAUCCCCAAGUGCAAGAAGCUAAAGCCACCACCAUAUUGCUAUAUGUGGUCCGCCGUCGAUCCGGACAUUCGGGAGGCGGAGAAGCGACGUCUCGCUGAGCACAAGUGGUACCAGCGGCAAAUGUUUCCGGACAGUAAGCCCUAUUCGUACUACUGGUCGCAAACGAAUCCGGACAUAAGAAGCCAGGAAUCAUGUGCCUGCAGUAGAUCCACAAUUAUCCCAACCGAGGAAAAAUCUAGCUCUGAUUUCGAUGAUCAAUAUACUGGCCCAUCUUGUUCAAAUGUUAGAAAGCCAAAGGAUUUCUUUCCAGGAGACACUAGGAUCCGAAGCCCAGAGACAUCCGAUGAAGAGCAUGCGGCAAACAAGAGCCAUCUAAAGUGGUCAAGGGUCAUUUCAAGAAAGUUGAUUUCGGAUUCAGAGGCACUCAUCCCCAAGAAGCCACGCCUGCUGCCCAGACUGCACGCCUUUGCCAAGCGAUUGCUAUUUCCAGGCUCCAAAGGACUCCACUUAAAGUCAAACCAAUCGGGAAGCGAAAGACAAAGACAUAGUGUCCGACCCAGAAAUUCCAGUGCAGGUGGUUCUAAAAAAAAGGAUACCCCUUAUAAAGCGAAACCCGUAAUGAAAUUAUGCAAUGGAAAUAGCUCUCCGGGAGACAGAAAAAUCACCUUUAAGGAUCAGGCCAGAAUUCAGGAUAUAAGGGGACCAAGGGAUCCCAAGCUGUGGGCCAAACCAAGUCAAAAAACUUCCAGUCCACGUGUAUUUCGGCAUUCUAAAACGGAAAAGUUUAGUCCGAGGACUAAGGCACCAUUCUCUUCCGGCUCCGAAAGACCUACGUACAAAAGGUCAGCUCCUCAGAACAGCUCCUGUUCCACAAGACCAUCCAAAUUCAUACCAAAGAAGUCAUGUAGGAGUGACAGCUGUAGCAACUGGAGCAGUCCGUCAAGUGUUCUCUCUGUAGUUCCCCAACCACCCUGCCAAGCUCCUCGACCAUUGAUAUCCCGUGCCCAACGAGAGUGGGAGGAACACCGGGAGCGGAAGAAGGCCAGAAGAUACAGGGAGAAGUGCAGGCCAUGUGCUGAUUACCUACUCACCUCACGAGCAAUGGAGCCGAGAAAUCCGGACAUACGUCGAGGACUAGUAACCUAUCGAAACCAUGAGUUAACCACGGAACUCAGUGAACAAUGUCUGAUUAAACCAAAGUGCCAACGUUUCCGGUUUACACCGCACUGUUCCGGGCUCAGGGAUAAAGAAAACUUCUCGAGAUCACGAAGACGCCGACAUUCCGAUCAAUGUUGCGAUGACUCCGAUGUGUCGAGGCACAGCAAAAGUCCUUCAAGAUCGGGAAGAAUGCGCGGAGGAAUAGAGUGCAGGGAGGAUGUCCUGUCUCCUUCACGAAGUCAUCGUUUCUCAGCACACGCCUUUCCAACUAGCUUUUCCUCCAAGCUCCUCAUCAAAAAGAGGGUUCAAUCCACCAAACCAACCAAAUCACCCAUGCACUUAUUUUGUUUUGAUUAAAAGCAAGGCAAUGUGGCUUGC